AGCAGGAUGCAAAGUGUUCCUGCACAAAACAUUUCAUUCACAGCCUUCAAACUGAAUGGUUUCCAUGAUUUGGGAGAAUGGAGGCCUUUUCUGUUCAUUCCCUAUUUCCUUAUGUUUUUAUUGUCUACCACCUCAAACUCCAUUCUCAUAUAUUUGAUUAUAUCUCAGAGAGCUUUGCACUCUCCUAUGUUUGUACUAAUUGGUCUAAUGGCCGGUGUGGACCUAUGCUUGCCAAUAUUUUUUGUCCCAAAUAUGCUACUUAGCUUUUUAUUGAACUGGAAAGCGAUUUCAUUUGUGGGAUGUUUAAUACAAAUGUUCUGCAUUCAUUGUGUUGGCACAUUUCAGUCUACAUUACUGGUGUGGAUGGCUCUGGAUCGGUUCUUUGCUAUUUGCAGACCACUUUACUAUAACAAAUAUAUGGAAAUCCACAGUUUUUUAAAGUUCAUUAUUUUUCCAGUUAUCAGAAAUGGGGUAUUAAUUAUCACAAUGAUCUCUUGGGCUGGGAAAUUAUCCUUUUGUGAGACUAAUGAGAUAGACCACUGUUUUUGUGAACAUAUGGCAUUGGUCCAACUGGCAUGUGGAGAUAUUUCUAUUAACAACAUGUUGGGACUUUUGGCUGCUUUUCUUAUCAUAACUGCAGAUUUUCUUUUCAUCACAGUAUCAUAUUUAAUAAUACUUGCUUCUGUCCUGAAAUCAGGGAAGUCCCAUUUAAAGGCUAUUAACACUUGUGUUACACACAUAAUCGUCAUGACAGUUACUAUCACUUUUGCAUUAAUUGCGUUUAUGUCCUACAGAGUAAGAAAUAAUUUCUCUCCAAACAGCCGUGUCUUUCUGAGUACAAUGUACAUGCUUUUCCCAAGCUGUUUCAAUCCAAUUAUUUAUGGGGUAAGAACAAAAGAAAUAAGAGAACAGUUUCUGAAAUUCCUAAAUCAAAUGAAGAUCUUUCCAAAAUAA